AUGUUGUUCUCUUUGUCCGACUUUUGUCCCUUUCAUCAUUUAUUUUCUUUCUUCUCCGACAUUUUUCUUUUUCUUUUGACGCCCUAUUUUAAUAUUUACUUCUUCACAAUCCUUUCUUCUUGCCAGAUCUUGGAGCGUAAUCUUUAUUUCUUUUAUAAUUUCUUUUUUAUCACGUUAUCUUACUUUUCCUUCUUUCUGUCUUAUUUUAGUUCUUUCUUUCUUUCUUUCUUUCGCUUUCUUUCUUUCUUUCUUUUUCACGCCAUCUUAUUUUUUCUUUCUUUCUUUUUUUCACGUUAUUUCCUUAUUUUCACUAUCUUCUUUCCUUUUUCUUCCUUCUCACAUUCAUCGUUUAUUCUAUAUAUUUUUCUUCGAUUUUUUUCUUUUCUUUCUUGCCCCUUUCUUAUUUUUCAAUCCUCUCUACAUUUUUCAUACUUUAAUUUUUCAGUUAUUACUGUUCUUUCUUUCUUUCUUUCUUUCUUUCUUUCUUUCUUUCUAUUCACAAUUCUCAUUGAUUUCUAUAUUUUGUUCUUUUUAUUUAUUCAUGUAUUCCUCACCAUCCUUUUCAUUCCACCUAUCUUUUCUUUUUUUCUCUCCUCUUUCCUUCCUACUUUUUUUCUCUUCAAAUUUUUUACUACUUACUUUUAUUUUUUUUCUUUAUUUACUUCCUUUUUUGAUCAUUUUUUUCUUUUUUACAUUUCUUGUAUCCUUUUUCUUUCUUUCUUUCUUUCUUUUUUCUUUCUUUCUUUUUUCUUUCUUUCUUUCUUUAUUUAUUUCUUUCUUUAUUUCGUUCUUUCUUAUUGUUCGCUCUUUCUUUCUCAAUGUCGGCUCUUUCUUUUUAAUCUGUACCCCGUAUUUUGUUUCUAUUCCUUCUUUCUUUUUAUCUUUUACAAGACCUCAUCGCGGCACCUAUACCUUUCUACUUUCACUUUCCUUCCUUCCUUCCUUCCUUCCUUCCUUCCUUCCUUCCUUCCUUAA